AACCUUUUAAGUCGAGAAACAGAACCAUGGUGGGUCGCCAAUAAAUAUGGUGAUUUUCCAACAAGUGGCGUAAAGAUGUGAUCACAAAAACCACGAUUUCGGCGAAACCUAGCAUGUUCCUUACGAAUCUGGCUUUCACGGGUGCCGGACUGCGGAGAAGCACAGAGGAAAGUAACAGAAAAAAGGCAUCAGCAGUACGCCGGUACGCAGUACCGACACUUCGCUGCCGCGCAAACACCACCGGUCGCACGCAGGCUAAGGAUACUGCGAGGGUCGUCCUGCCCCCAAGCAAGCUCAAACCCGCGCCGCCAGAUUACAAGAGCAGCUUGUUAUCUUUAGGCUACGGUCCAGCAAGUAAGUUACAGGCAAUUGAGUUCAGAGUGAAUGCUCUGUGAUUGCCGCAUUCCGAACGUGAUCCGCCUUUGCAA